CGGUUGCCACGGCAACGGGCGGCUCGGGCAGGCGCGUCCCCGCGGCCGUGCGCGCCGCCGCUGCCCGGCGGGAGCGGAGCGAGCGGAGCGGAGAAGCGGAGCCCCGGCCCCGGCCCCGGGCCCCCCCGGCCCCCGGCAGUGCAUGAGGCUGCUGUUCACCCAGGAAACCCCCAGCGCCUGCUCUGACGCCCGAGGCAGCGCCGGGAGCCAUGUCGGGUUCCUACGACGAGUCGGCAUCGGCCACCGAGGAAACAACCGACAGCUUCUGGGAGGUGGGGAACUACAAGCGCACGGUGAAGCGGAUCGAUGACGGGCACCGGCUCUGCAACGACCUCAUGAACUGCGUGCACGAGCGGGCCAAGAUCGAGAAGUCCUACGCCCAGCAGCUCACCGACUGGUCCAAGCGGUGGAGGCAGCUCAUCGAGAAAGGUCCCCAGUAUGGCAGCCUGGAGAAGGCGUGGGCCGCGAUCAUGACCGAGGCGGACAAGGUGAGCGAGCUGCACCAGGAGGUGAAGAACAGCCUCCUGAACGACGACUUCGAGAAGGUCAAGAACUGGCAGAAGGACGCCUACCACAAGCAGAUCAUGGGGGGCUUCAAGGAGGCCAAGGAAGCUGAGGAUGGGUUCCGGAAAGCCCAGAAGCCCUGGGCCAAGAAGCUCAAGGAGCUGGAGACAGCCAAGAAGGCCUAUCACCUGGCCUGCAAGGAGGAGAAGCUGGCCAUGACCCGCGAAGCCAACAGCAAGGCGGAUCAGUCCAACACUCCUGAGCAGCAGAAGAAGCUCCAGGACAAAGUGGAAAAGUGCAAGCAAGACGUGCAAAAGACUCAGGAGAAGUACGAGAAGGUGCUGGACGAGCUGAACAAGUGCACCCCGCAGUACAUCGAGAGCAUGGAGCAGGUCUUCGAGCAGUGCCAGCAGUUCGAGGAGAAGAGGCUCAACUUCCUCAAGGAAAUGCUGCUGGACAUCAAGAGACACCUGAACCUGGCCGAGAGCAGCAGCUACGCCAACGUGUACCGGGAGCUGGAGCAGACCAUCCGCAUGUCGGACGCGCAGGAGGACCUGCGGUGGUUCCGCAGCACCAGCGGCCCCGGCAUGCCCAUGAACUGGCCCCAGUUUGAGGAGUGGAACCCGGACCUGACGCACACGAUAACGAGGAAGGAGAAGCAGAAGAAGGGCGAGGGGGCGGCCCUGAGCAACGCCGGCAGCGCGGGCGACGCGGGGGCUCAGGCGGGCGAGCGCGGGAGCGUGAGCAGCCACGACCGCGGGCAGACCUACAGUGCCGAGUGGUCCGACGACGAGGGCAGCAACUCCUUCAACGCCAGCGAGGCCAACGGCGGCGCCAACCCCUUCGACGAGGAGUCGGCGGGGAAGGGCGUGAGGGUGCGGGCGCUGUACGACUACGACGGGCAGGAGCAGGAUGAGCUCAGCUUCAAAGCAGGUGAUGAACUAACCAAACUCGGUGAGGAAGACGAGCAGGGGUGGUGCAAAGGGCGCUUGGACAACGGGCAGCUGGGGCUGUACCCCGCCAACUACGUGGAGGCAAUCUAAGUCUUGUGGUGUGCUCCUCGUCACCGUCAGCAGAUAAAUCCACCCUCCGUUGUCUCCAUCUCUCCACCAGCCAACCAGCCAUUCUGCCGUCUGGUCCUUCACUCCUCACCCUUAGAGAUUCAGACAUAUUUUCCGACCAAGCUUUUAUUUUUUUAAGAGUUGUCUCCGAAGAGUAUUUUGCAUAGUCGCUUUCUUCUAAGAUAACGUGAAGCGAAAGAUGACGUUGUCCGUUCGUCUACGUUAGUUGAAUUUUUUUUUUUUUUUUUCUGAGCGAAAAGCCGAUACCUCAAGAUCUUAAAUCCCAACCAGUGAGAGCUCCUGAUUGGUUGGUUUUUAAAGAUACUGAAAUCAUGAGCCGCCUUCUGAUUGGCUGGAACUGUUCCGAAACGCACGGCGCCGAAGCUCCUGGGACCAACCAAAUUCAUCCCAGAAAACCAAGAGGGAUUGGAGUCUGACUCCGUUGGUUAUUUUUUUGGUGUUUCCAUGUUCUCCCCCGUUCAUCCUCUUGAAUGUCCCCUUCAGCCCCGCGGCCAUCCUUGAGAUGCCCAGGUGAGGUGGGACCAGCCCGGCCGUGGAGCUUGCUGGCAUCUCCUCAGCUUCCUCCUCCUCCUCCUCCUCCUCCCAGCUGGGCUGUCGGUGCUCAUGGAGCGGGCUGAGGCUCCCGAGCCCAUGCCCGGUCUGUGCUGCAGGGAGCAGCAUCGCCCUUCGGGUGGGCAGUACCCAACGCACACCAGAUCCAGGUGAGGUGGCCCUAAAAUCCAGCGGAGAUUUUAGGAGAAAAAUCCUAAAAUCUGUCCGGAGAAGGUGCCACCAGGGCCGGGUGCUGCUGGAAGCACCUUCAUGCCCAGCCUGGGAUAGCGAGGACUGCCUUGGGCACUGCUGGGGACGGUCCCCACCCUCUCCUUCCUGCAGGGAGGCAGGAGCAGAGCAGGGAUGGGGGUUGAGCAUCCUCCGGCCUUGCAGGAGCUGCAGCUGCAGGAGGAGGGCUCAGGAUGCAGCCCAGGCCGAAAUCAAGGCAGGGGAAUGGCCACGGAGCUCUACCCCUCCUCCCCUGGGCUCUGCCCUGGCCCCCAGCACGGCCACCCCACCCCACUCCUGCUGCGUUUGCCAUCCCGAGCUCUUCCCUACAGAUCACCUCUCAUUUCUUUCCAUACCAUCACCCUUAGCAGCACCAAUGCUUCCCGCACGCUCCUCCUGCUCCUAUCCUGCCCCCUCCGUUGGUUCGUGAAUUUUUGGCCCCAGGGAUCCAAUGUUCCCGUGGAUGCAGGGGAAGCACCGUGUGCUGGGCACGGCGGGCAGGAGCCAUCCAGCCCCUGCCGGGUACCGGAAAAAAAACCACCCACAAAGUCAGAAAAGACCCAACCAACCACCUGUCUCAGCAAUGCACCCCGGUUUUUGUACAUUGAUUGUGUAAUUUAAGAAGUAUAUAUAUAAUAUAUAUAUCUCUCGUGAUUGUAUUUCCGUGGAUACAACAACAAAAAGCAGCAAGAGAAAAUAACCGAGCUCUGUCAGCGUC